GCCGGCGUGGUCGAGCCGCCAUGGUCAGCGCGGGCGUGGUCGAGCUGCUGGGGGAUUUCUUGUGGAGGCAAAGAGAUAAGGUUAGGAGCGCGGGCGUGGUCGAGCUGCUGGGGGAUUUCUUGUGGAGGCAAAGAGAUAAGUCCGGUAUUGGUAUUUUAGAGCAGAUGGCAUUUUCUCACUGUGCAUUGUCAAAAGAGUAGUGAGCAAUGGCAUUCCGUCUACUGUCACGUCAAAAUCUGAGGAAGUUGUCCGCCUCUUUCACUCUUCUUAGUCCAUCCCAAAAGACACUUCUUUCACCUUCCCUUCCAGCUCUCAGAACUGAUGUUAUUUCCCCUGGCAAAUACUCAAGCCUCUUUUACCCGUUUUUGAAUUCAUGGGGUGUUCGAUGGGCUAGCUAUGAGUCAGUGAAUCUUGUUUUGUCAGACGAUGGGAAACCCAAGUUUGAGAUUGAAGAGGUGGAGCCCUCCAAGAAGGGGAGGUAUCAGACAAAGAGGCGUUUGAAGAUUCAGAGAAAACGGGAAAAGAAGAAGCGGAAGGAGGCCAAUAAGAAUGAUCCACGUCGUAUCAGACCCAAGGGCAAAAAAAUAAAACAGAAAUUUCCUACAGCUGAAGCUCGGCUCAAAUACAAGAUCGAGAAGGCACGGUUAAAAGAAGCUAUGCUGGUUGAGAAACUAAAGAGGUAUGAGGUUGAGAAAGCUCAAGGCCCUGUGGCUAAACCAGAGGAUCUCAAUGGCGAGGAAAGAUUUUAUUUGAAGAAAGUUUCACAGAAAAAGUCAAAUUAUGUCCCAAUUGGAAGGAGGGGUGUUUUUGGGGGUGUAAUUCUGAACAUGCAUUUGCAUUGGAAGAAACAUGAGACUGUCAAGGUCAUCUGUAAGCCUUGCAAACCAGGGCAAAUUCAGGAGUAUGCAAGUGAGAUAGCUCGACUGAGUGGUGGUGUUCCUAUUAAUGUUGUUGGAAAUGACACCAUAGUCUUCUACCGAGGAAAGGACUAUGUUCAGCCAGAGGUCAUGUCACCAAUUGAUACACUGUCAAAGAAAAAGGCACUUGAAAAGUCAAAAUACGAACAAUCGCUGGAGACAGUUCGACGUUUCAUUGCGGUAUCUAAAAAGGAGCUCGAACUGUACUAUCGGCAUGUUGCACUUUAUGGAAAACCACAAUCCGAGACUACUGAUCUGGUUCAUGGUGAUGGUGGGUAAGCUUCUUCACUAGAAUGGAGGAGUUAAAACAUCGUGGAAAGGAUCAAGGACCUCAUCUGGCUAGUAAUGCUUUCUCUGAUAUUAACACGAUGGAUACAUCCAAGUCUGAUGAAGAAUAUGAUUCUAGUAGCGAAUCUGAUGUCAAUGAUGUUGCGACUGGAGAUGCUAUAGAAAGGUACCUGUCACGGCACUCGUCAUAACAUCAAAUUGUUUUGGAAUGAUACACCAUCUCCAUAAGAGUGGCUGGGUUUUUUUUACGUUGGCUCGCCCCGCCUAUCACAACCUUCCUCUUUUACCCGGGCUUGGGACCGGCUAUGUUGAGACAACAUAGGCGGAGUUAAGAGGGGUCGUGGUAGACCAAACUUGAUAUGGGAGGAGUCCGUUAAGA